UAGGUAACAGCUCACCUCCAGUCUCAAAGAGCACGAGUAGCUCAAACACUCAGGGCAUGGCCACUCUCAUUGUUAUGAUAGCAGUGUUACUCAUCAUUAUCCUGUUCUGCUGUUUCGCUGCUCCUGGUGUGAGGAUGAUGUGCAAACGAUACGUUUUUCGAAGGUGCAUGGGAAACGAUCCUAACAUAGACAACGUAUACGCCAGAAGGUACGGCUACGAUACGAGAGAUGAAAUUCGCGAAGUAAACGAAUUAAAUCAAAUAACACGAAAGGUAACACGCAAAACAGUAGCCAGUAGACACGGUGUGGUUUGGUUUGGUUUGAAUUUUAUUUGUUCAUGCUUACAUUUCUUCAUUUACAUCAAAGAGUAUACCUAACACGUAAAAUAAAUGAAUAUAAGACAUGCGAAAAUUUUAAAGUAUUGCUCUUAUACUUUAUGAAAUAUUAAUGGUAGGUGGAUGGUGCAUCGAAAAAUAGUCCUAGGAGGAAAGUAUAAAUAUUUAAAAUUUAGGGAGAUUUGUAUACACUUACUACAAAAUAUUUAUUUUGAAUAAAUGAUUUACCCAACAGACAACAGAAGACCAACAUUAUUAAUUAUUAGUUUCC